AUGACAAAGGCAGAAAAAGCAGCAAUAAUGUUUGGAUUAGGAUCCACUGCUAUUUUGGCUAUUUAUUCAAUUGUGAAGCCAAGAAUAAGUCAGGGAUCAUUAAAUACUGAAAGUUUAAUUUAGAGAAGGAAUGCAAUUCUAAAUAAGGAUAAUAUGAGAGUUCUAUAUAGUACAAUGACAUUCUUCUAUUUGCAGGGAUAUAAGAAGACAGGAGAAGACUUAGCAUAAUUGAAGGAAGUGCUGGAUGUUGCUAAACCUAAAUUAGUAGCAUUAUAAAUCUCAGAAAAACAAUUAGAAGAGGAUUAUAGACCUAUACUUAGGAAUCCACACUUGUAGGAAAUAAUGAAGAAAGUAGAUUACCAUUUAAAAACAAAUCCUGGAGAAGUGACUAAGAUGAAAGAGCUUGAUUUCUAUGCAGGAUUAGAGAAUAUCUAUGCAAUGCAUUAUUGUUAAUAAAAUAGCUGUAAAAUAAUUCCAGCAGAUGAACAUCCAUCAUUUUAUGAUUAAUUGUAUAAUUAGAAAAUAGGAUUAAAAGAAGUCACUAAAAGUGGAAAGGUUGAAAUACCAGAGAACUUGAAAUAAUUAUAUUAGUCAUAUGAUAUGAGUGAUCUUGAAAAGACAGAGGAAGACAUUAAAGAAGAUAUUUAUAUCAAAAAGAGAGCUGAUGUCUUUGUUGAUAAAAUUGUGCAUGAAUUAACUCCAACAUUUAAUAUCAUUCCAGAUGUUCCUUAUAAGGUUUUGGUUGGGAUUGUUGAUCCGAAAUUGUAAAACACAAUUGCAAAAGAAUGGAAAUAGAGAUUUCUAAGCAUUUAUGGACAUUAAAUUCUAGAAGAUGAAUAGCAUAGUCAAUAAGAAUCAUAGAUUCAAUGA